AUGGAGAUACUUUUCCCAAAAAAGGAAAGGACGCCCCUGGGAUUCUGUGAUGGCCUGGACAAGAUCUUUGUGGGCUUUGGGAACAAGGAUGAGAGAGGCUGUCAGCCGCCCAAAUACCACGCCAGCUACGCACCUUAUUAUCCUAUACACAAGGCCGCAAGCAUGGGAGACAUAGACACAGUGAAGAGCUUUGUCGAACGGGGAGCUUUCUCCAUGGAACAAAUAGAUUGGAAAUACAGGACUGCCCUGCAUUUUGCCUGUGUCUAUGGCCAUCCAGAGGUGGUGACAUUCCUGGUGGAGAGCAGCUGCGAGAUUAGUCCAAAGGAUAUUAAAGAUGCCACACCUCUAAUUAAGGCUGCACAGUGUAGACAAACGGAAUGCCUUGAUAUUCUACUGAAGCAUGGUGCUGACCCAAAUAUUAUGGACUGCCGUGACAACACCGCUCUGCACUAUGCUGUCUACAAUGGGGAUGUUGAAACAGCUGCUAAGCUGCUUGAAUACAAGGCAAACAUCGAAGCAAUAAACGAGAACAAGAUCACACCACUUUUGCUUGCUCUGAAACAGAACAAGGAGAAGAUGGCAGAGUUCUUAAUCAACAACGGGGCAAAUGCAAAAACAUGUGAUUUUCUGGGAAGAAGCACCCUCAUGUAUGCUGUAAGGUGUGGGUCAGAACUCAUCAUCAAGCUUCUUCUUCAAAGAGAUAUUGAUACCUUUAAGCAAGAUGCCUUUGGAUGGACAGCUAAACGUUAUGCUGUUGAAAGUAAAAGCAAAGUAUACUGUAUGAAGCAUUUGACACUUACCAAUUACCCUCUUUCAAAGCCUACCACGGAAGUGACAGAUUCUCUUCGAAGUGAAGGAGUGGAAAAGUCAGACAAAAAAACAUCAAAGCCAG